AUGGGUUAUCUAUGUGAUUUCUGUGGGAAACAAAGAGCAUUUGUAUAUUGUAGCUCAGAUGCAGCAAGCUUAUGUUUAUCCUGUGACCGCAAUGUCCAUUCAGCAAAUGCUCUCUCAAGACGUCAUCAACGUGCACUCUUGUGUGAGAGAUGCAACUCUCAACCGGUUUUUAUCCGAUGUUUUGAGGAGAGGAUGUCUCUUUGUCAGAAUUGUGAUUGGGUGGGGCAUCCAAGCUCAAAUGAAAGUCCUGAGCACAAGAGACAAGUGGUUAAUUGUUACUCUGGCUGCCCUUCAGCUGCCGAACUUUCUUCAAUCUGGUCAUUUCUUCUAGAUUUCUCUCCGGCCGUAAAUUUCACUUGUGAGCAGGGAAUGGGUUCAAUGAUCAUAAGUGAUAAUGGACUGAGGAAUUGUGAAGGCCUCAAAGGAAAGAACGUCACUCAAAAUGCAACCGUUGCAGUCGAAGCAAGUGACUAUAGUAAUAUGGCUGUGGAUAAACCAAAUGUUCGGAUGAAAUCACUAAUACCUUUGAUUGAUCCCAAGCUGAACAAUGCAGAACAGCUGGUUGAGCCAACUUCAGCUAAUCCUAAGGUUUUCUUCUCUGGAACAGAAGGAACUGGUUUAUGUGGAGAUGAUAAAUUCUAUGACGAUUUUAUCAUGAAUGAAAUUGACUUAAAUAUUGGGAACUAUGAAGAACUCUUUGGUGUAGCUCUUAAUAAUCAUGAACAGCUUUUUGAUGAUGAUGAGAUUGACGGAUUAUUUGGGAUGAGGGACAUGUCUGGUGCUAAUUCCAACUGUCAUGGUGCCUAUGCUGCUGAGGGGUCAUCUGCUGCAGUGGCAAAUGUGGCACAACCAACAUGCAGCAAUGCAGCAUCUGCAGAUUCAAUUAUAAGCUGUAGGACAGAUUCACAUUUAUGUUUUACGAGACAAUUUUCUGGCCUCAAUGUAGAUAGUAGUGCUGGUGAUCAUCAAGAGUGCGGACCUUCUUCGAUGCUUCUCGUGCGUGAGCCACCGUGGUGUUCUCCAGGUCCUGAAAGUUCCACACCUUCUAUCAGGAAUGACGCAGUUAUGCGUUAUAAAGAGAAGAAAAAGACACGAAAAUUUGAGAAGAAAGUGAGGUAUGCAUCUAGAAAGGUAAGAGCAGAUGUAAGAAGACGCGUGAAGGGGCGUUUUGUCAAGGCUGGUGAAGCAUACGAUUAUGAUCCACAGAUCAAAACUUUAAGUUUCUGA